CCUAGUUACUUACGCCCCGUCUUCUUUCCCGUACGCCGCCGUCUCCUUUGUUCUCCCCCAACUUCCCCCUCCGUUCCGUUCCCCUCCCCGGCUCCCCGCUUCUCCGCCGACUCGAGAAUCCGCGCCGCGGUGAAUGCGAUGGGCGCGGAUUCGCCGCAGCCGGACGACGAUUCGGAGGUGGGGAUCAGCAACGAGCUGCGCAACCUCUCGGACCAGGUGCUCAAGGAGAGGUUCGAGCGCAUGGAAGGGCGCAAAGUCUUUACAAGCCGCCUCCCCGACGGUGGAAAGAAGUUCGACCUCUUGCUCCGCGCCAUCUGCCGCGAGCUCGCUCGUCGCCAGGCUGCUCGCUCGGUCAUGACCUCUCCCAAGCCGCCGCCGGCGCCGCCGCCACCGCGCCCGCAUGGCUGCCAAAGCGACCGGGAUAAAAACAGACGCGGAAGAAUAAAUGAGUCAAGCUGUGCAGGAUCAUCUGGUUUGCCUACUGGUUCCAAUGAAAAUCAUGGAGUAACCAAAUCUGAUUUCAUUGCUGCAUUUGAGGCGGAUGAUGAGGCAGGCAUUGAUGUAUCUGGUCUGGAGACAAGUACAGGCCCUAGCAAGCCUAAACAUUCAGUAGAAAAUGAGCGGAAUUUGUAUAAAUUGGAUGAGUAUUGCAAAACUGAUGAGCAACCGACAUAUUUAUCUCCCAAAGUAUUAUGCGUCGAUAACUCAACCGACAUCGAAACUAUGUCUCCGGAUGAUGGUUGCAAGGAUAAUGGCCGCAGUAGGAUGUGUGAACUUUCCACACGUUCUCGAAAAAGGAAACGAGAUCUUGAAGUGGAUUUCUCAAUGCGAUUGAGAUCAAGAAAGGUUCCAGAGGUUGUUCUACUCGAUGGAGAUGCACACCAUUCAGAAUCUUCCAAAAAUGCAUCCAUUAAAUGGGAUGCAAUGAAGAUAUACUAUCCUUCAAGCAAACACCCUGGUUCUGUUGAGCUUUCCGAUGAUGACAUAAAAUGCCUCGAGCCUGAGUCGUUACUUUCCUCACCUAUAAUGAACUUCUACAUUAUGUACUUGCAGGGACCAAUGUCAUCAAUUAGUACACUAAGAGGCAAGUUUCACAUUUUCAACACAUACUUCUUUAGCAAACUUGAAGCCCUGACAUCAAAGGACGACAAGGCCUCUUAUUUCUUAAAGCUGAGAAGAUGGUGGAAAGGCGUAGACAUAUUUCAAAAGUCAUAUAUAUUAUUGCCUGUGCAUGCAGAUACACACUGGAGCCUGGUCAUUAUAUGUAUGCCAGCAAAGGAAGAUCAAUCAGGUCCCAUCAUACUUCAUUUGGAUUCACUGAAGUUUCACAGAAGCAGAUUGAUUUUCAGUGUUGUCGAGAGAUUCUUAAAAGAAGAAUGGAAAUACCUGAAUGAAAAUUGCUCUUUAGCAGAAUGUCCUAUACAAGAAAAAGUUUGGAAGAGCCUUCCUCGUAAAAUUGAGAAGAAGCCAAUUGAGGUCCCGCAGCAGGACAAUGAAUACGAUUGUGGCCUCUUUGUUCUGUACUAUAUGCAGCGAUUCAUUGAGGAGGCACCUGAAAGGCUUCACAAGAAAGAACUCUCUAUGUUUGGCAAAACAUGGUUUCAACCCAAAGAGGCUUCUGCACUGCGAAAGAAAAUGCAGACUCUGCUUCUUCAGUUGUUUGAGGAAGCUAAACCUAACAGCAAUACGCUGGAGCAUGCAGCGCCGCAGUCUGCUGUGGAAGCUAAACCUGAGAACAACGUUGUGGAAGCGACAAUGUCAGAACGACCUUUGGAAGGCAGUUCAGCUGAGAUGACAUCGCCAUACCCCUUGGAAGGCACUUCAACUCAGCCAACAAGUUUUGAGCAUCCUUUGGAAUGCAGUUGAUGUAACUAGCUUUGAAGCAGCUUAGUUUGCCAUAGAAAGUAGCUCGGAAUAAUCCUCUAUCCCAAAGGGGAACAUUCUUCGCUUCCUGGUCACGCUCCAGGCUUUUUUUUUCGUUUUUUUUAUUUUGGCGUGGGGUUUUCCGGGUCCAGUUGUGUUAUAGAGGGCAGGUGUUCUGGGGGUUAUGGUACAUGGUAGGGUGAUUUGAGGUGGCGUUGCACAACUUUGAACACUGAUGUUAAUGUAUUUCUGUCUUGUAUAGAUCAGUUAAUUAGGAACCUGGUGGUGCGUGAGCAACGGGUUCGCGCAAGGCAGAUUUCAUUUGUUCUUUAGGCUUGACCGGAUGGUGCUCCUAAUUUAUGACUGCUGACUUGAACGA